UAUUUCAAUUUCAGAUAACACUGAAUGAACGUAGAAGAAACAGUCGAAGCCUGUAUAAAAUAGAGUAACGUUGCUCCUCAUCAUGAAUAUCUUUGGUACAGCUGGAAUGGUGUUCCUUAUCGUUCUCAAUAUAACAUUUGUUAUACUAGGACUCGGUUUGAUUAUUGCUGGUGGUAUGUUACGUGAGAAAAGUGAGACUGUUAAUGAUAAAGUUUUACCACUACUAAACGAGAUAGGAAUUGGUCCUGGUUUUACAAUGGGAGAUUUGCUGGAGGCAAUAGCUAUACUUGUUAUAAUCAUUGGGAUAAUAGCCUUUACCUUAUCUGCGAUCGGAGGAUUCGGAGCCUGUUGUAAAAACAGAAUAUUAUUAAUAAUUUAUGGAAUAGGUGUGAUCCUUAUUGGUGCAGCUGAGAUAUUUGUGCUGAAAGCAUGGACUGAUUUGAAAAGAGAGUUAAAUGAAACAAUAAAGAGUACACUGUUGAAACUGCUGAACGAUUACGAAGGAAAUACAGACGAUAUUCUCACAAUUGCAUGGAACUUUGUCUUUAUUUUGUUUGAUUGCUGUGGAGUAAAUACACAAUCUUCCGUUGACGAUUUCACAACAACAACUUGGGCAUCAACGACACGUGGUACUGACGUCAUACCAGGCUGGUGUUGCAAAGAAGCAACCAUUGAUACUGCGUCAUCACUUUAUGGUACAAACUGCACAAUAACACCAACAACUUCAAAUUCUUACAUUGGAACAGGAUGUUAUACGGCUAUAGAAAAGAUUUUAACUACAUACAGUUCAACUUUUAUAUCAAUAUGUACAAUAAUAUUAUUAGUAGAGAUCAUUGCUGUUAUUUGCGCGAUCGUUAUGGUGAUUCAAAUAACAAAUGACGUAACUUCAAAUAGAAACAGAGAAGGCAUGGUAUUACACAGCAUAAAUAAAACCAGUCCUAAUGUAUGAAUUGACAAUCUGAGGUUGUGACAAUUGAAAUAUUUAUCAUUGAUAUCAGUCAAAUGUGUUCUAAACCAGUAAAGAAUGGUCCAUUUAACAAACAUAACCAACAAUAUAAAGCUUUGAUUCGGAUGCACAAGUCCUUUACUAGGUCGAUCGUACAACUGCUGUUCCAUCUCGUUAAGAAGGUAUUCAGUGGAAGUGAGACAAAGUGUAAUAGUCUGCAUGGUCGCCACGUGUCAUGGGAAUCUAGAGAAGAUGUUCAUCAUGAAAUAAAAUAUAUUCUAUCAUACAGUUAGCGUUGAUAUGGCUUUUAUUGUCUGUGUAAAUAACUAGAUGUAAACAUCAAAUUUAGAACUAGCACACAAUUUAACGCGACAUUGAAAAGCAACUGAAGACAACACGGAAAACUAUACAAACUCGAAUGGUAUAGCACUAGACAAAUUUUAAAUAUUAUGUUGGAGUACCAUUUAUUAACUGAUAGUUUUCAUUCACCGUAAUAUGUUUUUCAGCGUUUUUCGUUAACUUGCGGUAAUUUUUGUUAAUUGUUUGCUCCGUUUUCUAUUCUAUAUUGUUAAUCUUAGUUAUAAGUCGUUUUGAUUCUAAUUAAAAAGUAAAAUCACAAAAAUACUGAACUCCGAGGAGCAGUAAAACAGAAAGUCCCUAAUCAAAUGGCGAAAUCAAAAGCUCAAACACAUCAACGAAAUGGAUAACAACUGUCAUAUUCCUCACUUGGUUAAGACAUUUUCUUAAGUAAAAAAAAUGUGAACACCCUAUUUGUUGAUAUCGUUUGAGUAAAUCAAUACGAGUCCAAAUAG